AUGUUGGUGAUAUUCGGAGGGCGGGACAUUUGCAGCAAAAGUUUAGCGGACGCCUGGGGUUUGAGGCAGCACAGAGACGGCCGCUGGGACUGGGUAGAGGCUCCAGCUAAGAAGCAGGCUUUACCUGAGCCGCGGUUUCAACAUUCUGUUGUCUUCUUGGACUCGAAGAUGGUUGUCAUCGGCGGCAGAACGGAUGGAGACUGCUCAAACCACUCAACGCAGCAGCACCCCACAGCUGAGCUUCUCUUCAUGGAUUGCUCUCAAAUCCCCUGCUUUUAUAGUGAAGUUGAGCGGGAAGAGCAGAGAGCGAAGGCCGCGCUGCAGAGACAGCAGGCGUUAGCCAUCACAGCAGCAGCGCAGCAGCAGCAGCAAGUGCAGCAACAGCAGCAAGUGCCGCAGCAGCAAGUGCAGCAGCAGCGCGGCCUUGGAGGCCGCGCACUGCCAUCGCAGCAGGCCGCAGCUACAGCAGCAGCAGGGCAAGCUGCUGGCGUUGCACAGCAGCAGCAGCAGCAGCAAUAUCCGCUGCAGGGCUCUAUGACGUUCUCUAGGCAAUCAACGGGUCUCUCCCGCCAAGGCAGCAGAGCAGCUGAUAUUCGUCUGGCAUCGCAUGCAGCAGUUGUGCAGGAGCAACGAGGAGACUUCUCCGCUCUUGUUAGACGGAUAUCGAUAGACCGUUUGGAGGAGGAGGGUAGGAAGAUAAACAAGGCUUGCUGCAGCAGCAGCAGCAGCGGGGGCCCGUUCUCUCCUGCUGCAGCACGAGCAGCAGCACUUGCUGAUCGGGUGGUGAAGCUGCUGCUGCGCCCGCUGCUGACGCAGCAGCAGCUGAUGACUCUCUUCGAACCGGAUGCACCCUUCUGCAUUCCUUGGGCAGAUGUUAAUGAACUCUGUCGCCUGGUGACGGAGAUCUUCAAGGAGGAGGAGAUGGUUCUUAACUUGCGGGCUCCUAUAAAGGUGUAUGGGGACAUCCACGGUCAGUACUUGGAUUUGAUGCGUCUAUUUCAUUUAUAUAAAAUGCCUGUAGAAGAAGAAGAAGCAGAAAAAUAUGCAAGUAGAGAUUUAGAAGGAGCAGGUGCAGCAGCAGCAGCAGCAGCAGCAAAUCUCUGCGGAGACAUCGACUGCACCGACUAUCUCUUUCUCGGCGAUUAUGUAGACAGAGGGAGCCAUUCACUCGAGACAAUCUGUCUCCUCUUUGCACUCAAAGUGAAGUACCGUCAUCAAUUGCAUUUAAUAAGGGGUAAUCAUGAAGACCCGGGUAUAAACUCAUUAUAUGGUUUUCAGGACGAGUGCAAGCGAAGAUUAAGAGAAGAUCCGUUAGAUAUAUCUUCAUGCUGGAGUGCAUUUAAUAUUGCGUUUGAGUAUAUGCCUGUUGCUGCGGUUAUCGAUAACUGUAUUUUAUGUAUACACGGAGGCAUCGGCGGCUCUAUUCAUUCUUUAGACCAAUUGCAUGCGCUGCCUCGGCCUCUUAAAGUCGCUCAGAUACCUCAAACUCCACAGGAGCAACAAGUAACAGAUUUACUAUGGUCGGACCCAAGUGACUCGGACUCGGUGUUGGGCGUUGGGCCCAACGAAGUAAGGGACCCUGAUGGGUCGGGGCGCAUAGCGAAGUUUGGUCCUGAUAGAGUUAUACAGUUUUUAAAAGAUAAUAACCUUGCUCUUAUCAUCAGGGCUCAUGAGUGCGUCAUGGAUGGUUUUGAGCGGUUUGCUGGGGGCAAGCUGAUAACUCUUUUUUCGGCUACGAACUACUGCAAUCAUCAUCAGAAUGCCGGCGCUCUUUUAUAUAUCCGCAGAGACUUAACAAUUAUUCCGAAGUUAAUUUACCCUGCGAAUGCGAUGGCUCAGUACAUAACCUGGGAUGAGAGGAUGACAGAGCUGCGACCCCCGACGCCUCCGCGGGCCCCACCGCGCAUGCGGGAGCAGCAAGACUUUGAUUCGUAG